AUGCAUUUGGAGAAAAAAUUUAAGGACGGAUCACGUUUAGCUGCAUGUCAUAUCGGUGAAGAACUCGUUGAAACCUACUACGACGAUGUCAGAACGAUCUCCGAUGCCGUUCGGAGGGGAUUGCGCGAAUCGGUGGAUGGUCGAAUGCUAGGCUAUCGUGAAAAGCAAUCCGACGGUAGUGUUGGUCCCUAUCAGUGGCUAUCGUAUAAAGAGGUAAUUGAUCGUUCCAUACAUAUUGCUUACGGUUUGCGAGGGAUUCGUGUACAAUCUGGACAGAACACGUUCAUUGGUAUUCUAGCGAAGAACAGACCUGAGGUUUGGAUAUCGCAACAAAUUGAUUUAUUUCAUUUCUAUUAG